AUGUGUACAAAGAUGGUCCAAAUCCUCUGGGGAUGUUUCCUCCUGUGGAAUCUCUACAUCUCAUCUGCUCAGACCAUUUACCCUGGAAUCAAGGCGAGGGCUACUCAGAGAGCUCUGGACUAUGGCAUUCAAGCUGGGAUGGAGAUGAUUGAGCAAAUGGUCAAGGAAAGAAACAUCCCGGAUUUAAAAGGUUCUGAAUCUCCUGAAUUUCUGAAAAUUGAUUAUAUGAACUACAAGUUUAUAAACAUAAAAAUCAAUGCCUUUUCACUUCCAAAUACUUCACUAGCCUUUGUGCCUGGGGUGGGAAUCAGGGCCCUGAUCAAGCACGGCACUGCCAGCAUCAGCACAGACUGGGAAAUCAAGUCUCCAUUUUUCCAAGACACAGGAGGAGCUAAGCUGUUUCUCUCUGGGGUUUACUUCACCGGUAUAGUUGUCCUGGCCCGGAAUGACUUUGGUCACCCAAUCCUGAAGCUCCAAGACUGCAAUGCCCAAGUGAGCCACAAUGACAUCUCGUUUUCUGGAGAGCUCAGUGUCCUAUAUAACUUCUUUGCUGAGCCCAUGGAGAAACCCAUUUUAAAGAACUUAAAUAAAAUGCUCUGUCCCAUUAUCACAAGUGAGGUGGAGGCACUGAAUGCCAACCUCAGCAUGCUGGAGGUUUUAAGAAAGAUUGACAACUAUACUCUGCUGGAUUAUUCCCUAAUCAGUUCUCCAGAAAUUACUGAGAAUUACGUUGAUCUGAAUUUGAAGGGCGUAUUCUACCCCCUGGAAAACCUCACAGAUCCCCCCUUCUCAUCAGUUCCUUUUGUGCUCCCGGAACACAGUGACUCUAUGAUCUACGUUGGAAUCUCCGAGUAUUUCUUUAAAUCUGCGUCCUAUGCUUAUUUUACAGCUGGGGCUUUCAACGUCACUCUCACCACAAACAAGAUUUUCAACCAUUUGAUUCGCAACUCUCAAGGCCUUGGCAACAUGCUGCCCCGGAUUGCAGAGCUGUACAUCUUGUCCCAGCCCUUCAUGGUACAGGUCUUGGCAAGAGAGCCUCCCGUGGUCAAUUUAUUACCGGGUAACUUCACCCUAGACAUCCCUGCCUCCUUCGUGAUACUCACCCAGUCCAAGAACUCGACUGCGGAAACCAUCGUUUCCAUGGACUUUGUUGCUAGUACCAAUGUUGCCCUGGCUAUUUUGGGACAAAGAUUGAUCUGCUCUUUAUCUCUGAACAGAUUCCGCUUCUCUUUCCCAGAAUCCAUUCGCAGCAAUAUUGAGGUCUUGAGGUUUGAGAAUAUUCUGUCUUCCAUUCUCCACUUCGGAGUCCUCCCACUGGCCAACGCAAAAUUGCAGCAAGGAUUUCCUCUGCCCAAUCCACACAAAAUCUCACUCGUCAAUUCAAAUAUUGAAGUUCUUGAGGGUUUCCUUUUGAUUUCCACUGACCUGAAGUAUAAAACGUCCUUAAAACAGCAGCCAAGUUUCCAUGGUUGGGAAGCUCUGAACCUGAUAAGUGGACAGUGGAGGGUGAAGCCAGCCCCUUGA